CUUGGGGCUCUGGAGAAGAAGCUAAGCCAAGGCCUUCCCCAUGCCCCUUGUAGCUCUGCCUGUUGACAUUUUUUCCUUCUGGACCUUGGCCUUACCCUGUCCCUUCACACAACCAUACACGCACAAAGGGAAAAAGCCAAAACUAAACUCCCAGCCUGCUGAGAUCCCAGCCUGUCCGGCUUGGCUUGUCCAUAUAAAUCUCUCUUUCCCUAAAAUAUUAAGGUGGGGGGUCGGGGGUGGUAGGGAAUGAGUUGGUUCCAGUAUCUUCAAAGCUGGGCCUAGAGCAGGUGCAGGUGGUGGGGCCUGAGGAGGAACUUAAGAAUCCUCAGGGCUGACCUGGAAUGAGCUGAGUUGUCAGCAUCCGGUCUAGCCAAGGGGAACCUUUUUCUCUGGAACAUUUGAGGGAGUAGGGCAAGGAGGGGCUUGGUGGGGGAGAAGUGUCUAGGAGAUGGUAUUCAGUUCCUCUCCCCUCUCUAAGUUUCUUCAUUACAAUGAGCCAUCCUGGGGGGUGGGGGUGGGGAGUGCUCAGCCAUCUGGAACCAGCACAGGAACAGGGAGGGGGAAUGGGGGGAAAGGGGAGGUCAUCUCGUGAUAGGAACCUCCCACUUCCCUGCUGCUGCCCCCCCCCCCACUCCGCUUCUCAUCCACUGCCACAGACUCACUUCCCAGCUCCCACCCUCUUGCCCCUUGGGGAUGCUCUCUGGGGCUCAGGCCAAUUUGCAUACAUUUUAAUCUAUAAAAAAUUAAGUGCUCUGGCUGACUCAGACGCCUGAGCUGCAUUUUAAGGAGUUGAAUAAUCUGCUUCUGUGCACAGACUGGUUUGGGGAAGGGAGAGGAGGGGGGCUGCUGACUGACAGCAACUCAGCUUUCCCCACCACGCCCCCAGGAGAGAAAUGGGGAGACCCCAGUCAGCAAGCCAGGCCCCAUGCCCCAGGGGCAGGUCUCUCAAGGAAGACCUGGUCCUCCAGCUCCAUUCCCGUGGUGAAUUUGGGGAGUGCGGGGUCUUCCCCACCCACCCCUGUCCCCCAGUGAUUCAGGCCUGGCAGCAGAUCCUAUGGCAAUGUGUUGGCCAGAGCCCACUCUUCCUGACGCACGAGGUUCACAGAGGCUGAAGUGAUGGUGAUGGGCGAUGUGACGUAUGGGGCUUGCUGUGUGGAUGACUUUACUGCAAGGGCCCUGGGCGCUGACUUCCUGGUGCACUACGGCCACAGCUGCCUGGUUCCCAUGGACACCUCGGCCCAAGACUUCCGGGUAUUGUACAUCUUUGUGGACAUCCGAAUAGAUACUACCCAUCUCCUGGAUUCUAUCCGCCUCACCUUUCCCCCUGCCACUUCCCUUGCCCUGGUCAGCACCAUUCAGUUUGUGUCAACCUUGCAGGCAGCUGCGAAGGAGCUGAAAGCUGAGUACCAUGUGAGUGUCCCACAGUGCAAGCCCCUGUCCCCUGGGGAGAUUCUGGGCUGCACGGCUCCCCAUCUGCCCAAAGAGGUGGAGGCUGUUGUAUAUCUCGGAGACGGCCGUUUCCAUCUGGAGUCUGUCAUGAUUGCCAACCCUAGUGUCCCCGCUUACCGCUUCUUUUCCAGAUACGACCCAUACAGCAAAGUCCUCUCCAGAGAGCACUAUGACCAUCAGCGCAUGCAGACCAGCCGCCAAGAAGCCAUAGCCACGGCCCGCUCAGCUAAAUCCUGGGGCCUUAUCCUGGGCACUUUGGGCCGCCAGGGCAGCCCCAAAAUUCUGGAGCACCUGGAAUCUCGACUCCAAGCCUUGGGACUUCCCUUCAUGAGGCUGCUGCUUUCUGAGAUCUUCCCCAGCAAGCUUAGCCUACUUCCUGAAGUGGAUGUGUGGGUGCAGGUAGCAUGUCCGCGCCUUUCCAUUGACUGGGGCACAGCCUUCCCCAAGCCACUGCUGACACCCUAUGAGGCAGUGGUGGCCCUGAGGGACAUUUCCUGGCAGCAGCCCUACCCUAUGGACUUCUACGCCGGCAGCUCCUUGGGGCCGUGGACAGCGAACCACGGACGGAACCGGCCCCCCCAGGCCCUGAGCCCGCCGGCGCUGGAGAAGGUAGGCCGGCACCGCCAGCCGGGAGGAGAGGGACCAAAGCCGGGCCUGGCCCUGGCCGCCUCCCUAGCGACGCGAGCCGAGGCCGCCGCUGUGCGGCCGCUCCGGGAAAUGCACGGGAGCAGGGUGGAGGACGUCGCGGGCUGGAGACCCCGAGCAAAGUCUGCGACCUCCGAUGCAGGAGGCCACGCACCCCUCUCCAGCCGCGGCUUGCGACGGCUGCAGCUGCAGAGACGACAAGGGAGCACCGCCCGCGCGGUGAGACGCUCCUCGGUCUCAGAGCCCUGCCUUCAGGAGGAGCAGCCCCGAGGCUGGUGGUUUUCAGAACAGGAGGCAGACGUUUUCAACGCCCUGAGCCAGCCCACAGUGUGCAGAGGUCUGGAGGAAGCCUUGGGAACCGUGGCACAGGCCCUGAAGACACUGGGGCCUUUCGAUGGGCUCCUUGGUUUCAGCCAGGGGGCUGCGCUAGCAGCCGUUGUGUGUGCCCUUGGCCAAGCCGGCGAUCCCCGCUUCCCCUUGCCAAGGUUUAUCAUCCUGGUAUCUGGUUUCUGUCCUCGGGGCCUUGGACUCAAGGAACGCAUCGUGCAGGGCCCCUUGUUACUGCCUUCGCUCCAUGUUUUCGGGGACACUGACUGCGUCAUCCCCUCUCAGGAAAGUAUGCAACUGGCUAGCCGAUUCACUGGGGCCAUCACCCUCACGCACUCUGGUGGCCACUUCAUUCCAGCAGCUGCGGCCCAGCGCCAGGCCUACCUCAAGUUCUUGGACCAGUUUGCAGAGUGAAAGAUCAACAAAUGGCUCUGCCCCUACAUCCCCCACCCCCACAUGACUUCGGGACAGUCUCUGUAACCGGUCCUCCCCCUUAUCCCACCUCCCCUGGGAGCUCAACUGCUGUUAGUGGUCCUCACCAUCACCAAUUAAGAGACAAGUAUCAGUUCUAAGACUCAAGUUAUUGUAAGUCUAGCUCUACACUUAAGAAAAAAGGGAUCAGGAGGCCUUAGUGGACCUUGGCAUCUGAUACUCCAGCAUGAAAAAGGCUGGUGGACCCCUGGAUGAGUGGAGGGUGACAUGGGAAAAGCAGGGGCUGGUGCUGUGUGACUGCCACAUAAUAAAGUGGUGAUGGCGA